UGCACCUUGCACCUCCUUCCUUACAUGUGACAGUCCAGCUCUACUGCCUCCUCCGCUGACUCCCUCUCUCUCUCGCGCGCUCUCUCUCUCUCCGUCUCUCGCAGCCACAUCUCUUCAUUACUCCGCCUGCUCCGGCUCCCUCUCCUCCAUCCUUAGCCAUCUCCCCUCUCCAUCACCUGCUCCUCCUCCCUCAUCUCGUUUGGUUCCUCAUCUGCGACAUGCUCCUCACGUGAAGUCACCUCACCAACUUGCAGAGUCCGUGGAUGUCGAGUCAAAAAACUAAAAGCAGGCAAAUGCUCUAACGGGCAAUAAGACGAGGAAAAAAAAAAAAGAAAAAGAAAAUACGCACGUUUGCAUCUUUCGUUGAGUGCCUUGGCUCGAACGCAGCAACAGCAUGGAUCUGUCAUUCAUGGCUGCUCAGAUCCCAGUUAUGACAGGAGCCUUCAUGGACUCCUCACCUAAUGACGACUACAGCGGCGAGCAUUCGCUCUUCAACUCCUCGGCUAGCGUCCACGCGGCCGCCUCAGCUGCCUCGGUACAAGGCCAGCAAGACGAGCAGCAGUCCAUGUCCAGCGAUGCCAUUUGGCUCUGGAUCGCUAUCGUCGCCACUAUUGGAAACAUUGUGGUGGUGGGCGUUGUCUACGCCUGCACUUUCUGAUGAACACAUAAUUACAAAGACAGCCUGCACACAUCCUGCUUUUGUCUGGAUCUCUGGACCUCUGCAGGAAGACACACAUCCCAUUCCUCUAUGUCUCUGUCUUUCCUUCUUUCCUUCCGACUUGACUUUUGGAUCAGUUUAGGCCCCCGAGGGCCUCCAAGUUGUUUGACAAUGACAUAUAGAGUACUAUUUUUCCCUGUCAAAGGUUGUUCUGACUGCGUUUAUCAGCAACAAACACUUCUGAAUGCGUCCGUAGGAUAUUUGAGGAGUACCCUGUGCACGUUAACAUCUCCUUAGUUAAAAGCGGAUACAACAAACCUGCGUUCUCACCCAUUAAUCAAAAGGACUUUUUUUCAGCUUAAGCUUCUUUCCGUGUUUCUGCGCAGACAACACUCUCACUUGUAAUGUGGAAGCGAGAACGGAGAUUUAAUGGGGCUUAAGAUUAGGGUUAAACCGGGCCAUCUGACACAUCCACCGGAUAGCUGCUAAGCACUGCUGCUUAAUUAUGCAACUGACCUGAAAUGGUGAAUGUUAAAAUAUUUAGAAAGUACGGGGAUUAUUUUCAUGUGAGGCCCCACUGAGGCCCAUGACAUUAGAGCUCAUUUAUGUAAAUGAAACACAGUAAAGACACUGAUUAUCAGCGUAUAUGAUGUGUUUCGAAAACAUUUAACCGAUGGGAAAAGGAAAAUUGGAUAGACUUCAUUAAACCCACUUAAAGCCUCAUGAAAAAGAAAAAAAAAGAUUUUCUGUAGCACUACUGUAAUUACACAUAAGGAGUGAUGACUUUAUGACCAUGGCAUCCUCCCAUAAAUGUCUGUUAAAUUGUUAAAUGCCUACAGUACUACCCAACAGGGAUUAGAAAAUCGAAUCGUAUCCUCGUGGUCUGUUCAGUAAUUUUUAGAUGAUAUAUACAGAUGUUAAAGGAAUAGAAUUAGAAGCACAAAUUAAAUCAAACACACGUAGCCUUCUUUCCUUAUUCACUGUUUCCAUCAAAACAGGUUGUAAAUAGCUUUUAUUUUCAUCACUCACAAUUAAUGCAGUCAGCAGCACAAGGUGAAAACACGGGAAACGGACUGUGUGUGUCGGAAAAUGACGAGACAAACCCUACGAUAAAUAAAUUGAUGUGAGUGGGGAAAUGAUGUCUAGUGAAGUUUUAUCUUAUAUAUCGAGAAGUACCAUUAUAAUUCUCACAGUUCAGUUAUCUAGUCCUGUGCUCCUGUGGAUGUUGAAGGCAGCUGUCUCCGUGGCAACUAGCCCUUGUCCUAAGUGGGAUACAGUGUCGUACAGUAUUUUCCAUGACACUCCAGCGUUAGCUUACAGCCAAAGAUGCAAGUAACAAUUUUCACAUGUAAACUGCAUUCACACUAAAAUAACAGCUGGUAGACUUUUAUUUAUUUAUUUAUUUUUUCUGUAAAGUCUGCAAACUGGGUGUUUCUGAUUGUUCGCUUAAUUUGUUUCAUGGUUCUCUUUUUAGCUACAACUGGAAAAAAGUUUACAGUCAGCAAAACGUAUCAGUCUUUUGUUUAAGUGACUGGUUUUUAGACAGAGACUUAGCGAAAACUAAAACUACAAUCGCUUUGCUCCAUGAACUGAUAUUUCUCCUGGGAUUAUAACAAUGUCAGCAUACUAUAAAGAUAUAAAUCGCGUCUUGUAAACACCAUAACUGUCCAAAUGUUCACACACGAGUAACAAUACUAGUUUACUUUAUCUAUUGAACGAUGUAAAGAGAGAUACAGACACACAACAAUCUGUUAAAAUGAGUGUACUUUUUCAUUGCUAAAAGGACUUUUCCAGUUAUUUUUAAUAAAUGGUUGAUGUAGAAAUAUUUAGACAUGUUGUAAACCACAUACACAACGCUCCUUUUGUAAAAAUAUGUUACUAUUAAAAUUUCUGUAUCAAUGCUUA